UAAGAAGAAGGUUUUAGUUCGAUAAAAUAUAUUGUGUUUUCUUCUUGUUGUAAAAAUGAAACGGUGUCUUCACGCAGUCACUGUGUCACCACGUAAAAUUUAGACAAAAUAAUAUGAUGACGUAGUUUUUGGCGGUCUGGAGCGCUUUGAUGCUUUUGUUGACAUAUCGAUAGGCUAGAAUUGAUAUUGAAUUGUAAUCGCAUCACGCUUUUGGUUGCAUCUUUGCUGAUACUAUAGCCAGUCAGCCAGUGACUUUGGUUCGGCGGCAUUGUGCGAAUUUUGACAGUCCGGUUGGGUUUUCUGCUGAUUGUUGUAUGUGGAGACACUAAAUCCUGUUGCUGAAAACUGCAAAAGCUGCACAGAAAAGACUGCACAUUUGGAAAUUAUGUCAUGGACAAUGUCCCUUCACACACAUGUGCCAAACUGAAGGUUCUGUGUUUCGGACUGGUGGACCACCAUCAUAUUCACCUGACCUGACUAUCUGUUUCCUAGCAUGAAGAAACACCUAAAUGGUCAUCAGUGUGAAAAUACUGAAGAUGUUAAACGUGCUGCUGAGAGUUCACUUGGCCAUUUAUCAUAUCCAGGGUCGCCACAGGUUCUGGAAAUCAGGGCAUAUCAAACACAUCAGGUAAACAACAGAAAACCCUACAACACCUCCAUCUAAAUGACAAGAUGCAGUUUGGGACAUAGCCAAGAGGAUUCAUUAGCUCUUAUGAUGCUCUGAAGUGAUUCCUUACCUCAACAUGAGAAGACUGUUAGUGCACUCCCAAGCACAUACAUAGCAGUGAAUAAACAGAGCAGCUGCCAGGAAAUGGAAGACCCAUUUCCUUCCUGAUGCUUGCUUAACUACAGCAACAGAUUAGGACAGUGAUAGAUGGAGGGCUUGUGAGACUGUGUCUAGUAUUCAGUGAAAGCCAUAGUAGUAUGUUACAAUAACGUGCACGUGGAAGGUUCACAAUGAAUAAAAAUGACUGUGAAGGCAUUCAGUUUGAAGCCAAAAGUGACCACUUUUGCAAUUUUAUCAAGACUUUUUGUACUUACCUUGUCAUGUCUGUCUAAUAAUUUAAUACCUGAUCACAAUUCCGAUGCAUUUAUUAGUCCAUCAAAUCCUCAUGAAAAGAAUGCCACAGUCUGUGAUAGUAUUGUCAGUUUCCUCUUUGGUGGUAUUAACCGCUGGGACGCCCAGUAUUUUUUGCACAUUUCUCGGUAUGGAUAUACAUUUGAAAAUUGCCUUGCUUUCUUUCCCACGUACCCAAUCCUUACAUAUCUGACAUCGAGGAUCUUGUAUAUUCCUCUCUCAAUCGUUCUUAAUGAAACAUCUGUAACGACUUUUUGUGCAGUUGCCAUUAAUUUUUAUUUUUUUGUAAAGGCUGCAGAAGUAUUAUAUGAUUUGACUGAAAAACUGUUCAAAAAUUGUCAACUGGCUUAUGUUGCUUCUAUAAUGUUUUGUGUAAAUCCUGCCAGCAUCUUCUUUAGUGCACCAUACUCUGAAACACUAUUUUCCUUAUUUUCGUUUUAUGGGAUGUACUUAUCUGUUUCAGAUCAUGGUAUCCUUUGCAGUGUGCCUUUAGGUCUUUCUGCAUCGGUGAGAUCCAAUGGGAUAUUAAAUACUUGGUUUCCAUUAUUCAAAAUUGCCAAUAAUGUAUUCCAAAGAUUAUCAAAUAAACUCAAAUCUGAUAAAAGAAUUGUGAAGAGGACAGAUGUAAUAGAUGCAGAUGGUUCCUUCAUGAAUCUGUUCUUGAAGGCUGUGUUAGUGACUGUUAUUUCAUUGGCACCAUUUUUUGCAUUUCAAGCAUAUUGCUAUUCCAAAUAUUGCAAAGCUGAUACUUAUGACAUCGCUGCCUUCUUAGCCGUAUUUGCACAUGAGAAAGAUUUUGUCUUGCCUGGCUCAAGAUAUCUUCCGUGGUGUGAUGACAAACUCAUUCUUCCUUAUAUGUAUGUGCAACAACAUUACUGGAAUGUUGGUUUCUUGAGAUACUACGAAUUUAAGCAGAUCCCUAAUUUUAUUCUUGCUGCUCCAGUUGUAUUCCUAAUAUUCACAAUGACAUUUUGUUUUGUUAGCUUACACAUGAACUUUAAUAUACGAUUUUUGAACUUAAAGGUAGAGUCAAGUUCAGGUAUGCCACUGAGCAUUCUCCCAUAUAUUGCUCAUGCUGCUGGACUGACAAUAUUUUGCUUACUAAACAUUCAUGUACAGGUGACAACUAGAAUGAUAGCGUCAUCAAGCCCAGUACUGUACUGGUUUUCUGCAUAUAUUCUAACUGGUAAACUCCACAUCUCAAACGAAGCCUGCAAGAAACAAGAUAAAAAAGAUGUAUCACAGAAAAAACCAAAAUCAAUAGAGUUUGAAGCAAAAUUUGAAGACUGGUGGAACAUUUUGUUUGUGACUUUUGACAUACCGCAAAAAAUGUUUUCAAAGUUUAUCAAAAUUUAUUUCAUAUCUUAUUUAAUCAUUGGAACCAUACUUUUCAGUAACUUUUAUCCAUGGACUUAAAAGGUUCUCACAAAUAGAAAGAAGACUGACUUUUUUUCUUUCUUCCUUAAUCAAAUGAACAAAUGAGAACAUGUAUUUCAUUGUAUCAUUACAUUAAAAUUCAUGUCAAUUACUGGUGAGAAACAGUAUUUACUUUUAAUUUAUGGACACGUAAAGCACUCUUGUUAUCAAGACAGCGGUGACCAAGGACAAUGAAUAUGGUAUCCAAUCAAAGAAAUGCUUAAGAGCCUUGUGAUAAUCAUAAACUUGAAAACUAUUAUUCUUAUAUCUGAUAGUGAUUUUUUGCAGAAUGCUUGUAUCUUUGCAGGAAUAAGCAUUAGAAUAAAGAUCAUACAACAGGA